GCGCGCUUUACCCCCGGUCCAAGCCCAGAUAAACAGGAGUGUCGACAGUUGAAGGCGUUGGCCCGUAAGAUUGGCGCUACUUGCAGAUGACCCGGUUUAGUCCGGCCGCCUGAAUGGCCCGACGAUCGGAUCCCGGCGUCGGAGCUUGGCUUUGCUUGGGCACAGCCCAACUUCUUUUACUGACCGCCUCGGCACACACGGGUUAUUUCGGGCAGAUUUUGUCUUGCCAACAGGUUUUUUCUUGAGCUCCCCAGUGCCCACACGUGAAGCAGAUCAGAACACUGAUUAUUCCACUCUGCCAUGGUUAUCCAAUACUUGGAACUUGGCGCCGAGUUCGGCCCAAACACCCAACGAUCAUUCUCACGUUAAAAGGGCGCAUGCAGCAAUUUGACUGUGACACUGGAAGAGAAAAGGUUUGCUCAGGGAGCCACCUGGGCAUUGUGUAUUGGGCAGCGGGGGGCGGGGGAAGAACUGAUAGCAGUUGUUAUGCAAGUCAUUAUUAGCUAUCGAUGAGAUGCGAAGUGCGUUGUUCAUUUGCGACAUGGUCUCCCUCCCUGGAGUAUGCUGCCCCUGCUCGAAACUACACAAUCCUUCCACUUGCACAGUCAAUCAUUCUCCAGUCUAUAGUGACGGCGAAAUUAGUUGUCCCACCCCUAGUCCGG